AGAAGCGUCAACAUCUGGCUGCUGGAGGGGUCACUUCUCAAUACUCUACAAUGCCAGUAGUUUAUGCAAAAAAUAUCACCAUAUUAUUGCCCUAUAAAAGGACAGAAGGUCUUUUGUCGCUUCUGGUAAUCCUGCAAACCUGCGAUUGACAUGUCAUUUUAGAACAGAGGUUAUAACAGACAUGAAUUUUAUUGCUGCUUUUCGUUCACAAAUUACGAAGCAGUCCUUGGAAAGUUCAGCUGAUGUGGUCUCAUAACAAUGUCAGCUCCUGAGAAGCCAGCACCUCCUGUAGUUGGAAAAGUUACAUUCAACAGCAUUGAGUUGUACUGGGAUCAGAUAGCAGGUACUGAAGACAGCUCAGGAGGGAGGCUACGUUACUGUGUACAGGAAGAAGAAGAGGAGGGACGAAAAGGAUUUGGAAAUGUCUACAAUGGCUUUGCUAAAAGCAAUGAGUUCAAAGGCCUGGAGCCAAGCAAGACUUAUCGCUAUCGUCUUCGAAUUAGUAAUAAUAAUGGGAACAGCCCUUGGAGUCAGGUUAUAUCUGUUACUACUACAAAAAUCCCACUUUCUGGCCGUGACCUUCACAAUGCAGUCCUUAACUGGGAAGUUGAGAAAGUGACAUCAAUUCUUGAAGAAAGUACUGAAACCAUAGUUGAUUGUCCUAAUGCAUUUGGAAUGUCUCCUCUGAUGAUUGCUUCUCAAAAGGGUUACACAAGCAUUAUUUCAACUUUAAUUGCACACAAAGCUGAUGUCAACUACUCCAACACAAGUGGAAAAACUAGUAUGAUGUUGGCCUGUGCUGGUGGUCACAUCAAAGUAGCAGUUAUGCUGUUUGGAAAAGGAGCGUUUAUAGAUAGCAAAGACAAUGGUGGCUCUUGUUGUCUUCAUUGGGCAGUGGAUGGUGGUAACACAGCCUGCAUACAAUGGCUGUUGGACAAUGGAAUUGAUGUUGAUAUCGAAGAUGAUUUUGGUUGUUCACCUUUAAUAAGACUUGCCUCUUUGAAUGGAAAUGUUGAGGUGGCCAAGAUUUUGAUUGAAAAUGGGGCAGAUGUGAACAAAAAGGACAAGAUAAAGAAAUCUGCUUUGAUGGCUGCUGCAGUGGGUGGUAACGUUGAUUUGAUUAAGCUACUGGUGGUAAAAGGGGCAGAUGUUUAUGCUGAAAAUGAGUAUGGACAUAGAGCUGUUGAUUUUUCUGAGACGUUUGGCAGAAAGGAAGUCGCUAGUUAUCUUAAAGAAGUAAUGGAAGGAAAUGAAACGGAUGUGAAACCCGAAAAAGAAACAGAAGAUUCCGAGGACACUUGAAAUCAUCAGUGGAUAACUUAGUGCAAAUUCCAAUUCGUUCCAUCCAACCGGUCAGAGUGAAGAUGCAGUUUCAACAACCAACCAUGCGCAUUCUUAAUUUUAAUCAAGUGACUUUUCGCGUAUCUUUCACCGAUUGCCAUUUUUUUGUGUUCGGUUUUCUAACCAGCCUUUCGUGCUGUUUGUGAACACGAUCUGAUGUUUGGUUUUGAUUCAACCAUUUGUCGAAUUUUAUAGAUCACGAUUUAAGUUUCGUAAAUAAAUCACUUGAA